AUGACAGACGAUAAACUUCUGAGGUAUGAGAACCUCGCGCGAAACUGUGCAGAAGCUUCCAGCGAAGCUGUCACAGCUGUCAAGUCCCUCGUUGAGAAUUUAAAGAACUCGAAAGGCGAUAAGAACGUUGGUUUCGUUGUUCGUGUCUCAGCUCAUUUUUUUCGUUCAGGGCGUUAGUUUGUUGACCGUUAAGAACUACGAGAUGAUGGCUUAUAUGGGCGAACUCGUGCUUCUGAUGUCCAAAAUGAUGGACGGCGAUUCCAUCGCGGAAGACGAAUCCGUUCGUCGCGCUUUGAAACAUCGCGUGGUCUGUUAAUUUUUCUCGCUCUGAGCAUCGUUUCUUUUUCACUUUCAAUAACAACUUAUUGUUAUCUUUCUUCGUUUCUACAACGCUAAGACAAUACAGACUUUUUAAUCGCAAAAGAAAUUUUAGUUUUUGUUUUUUUUUGAACUUGAAAGAUGGGUCGCCAGUAGAAUUGCUGAAAAACUGAUUUGAGGAGAGCAAGUUCUUGUUUAUUUUUUUUGGAGAGCAAGUUCUUGUUUACGCCGUGUGUUUUUAUGAAAGAAGAUUACAGAUUUUGGAGAAGAUUCGCCCGGUUGAAGACAAAAUGAAGCCUCAAAUCGAAAAACUUCUGAAUUUGAAAGCGGUUCGUUAUAAAUCGUUUUUUUGAUUUCUUUUGAUCAUUUUUUAUCUUUGUUUAUUUUAGGACGAAUCGGGAAAAGACAAACUACGCGUUCGAUUAGAUCAAAUGAUGGUUUUUUUCCUCAUGCUUCAGAUUUUAGUUUCUUUUUUUUUCGGUCAACGAUGACUCUGGAGAGGAAUCCGAUCACAAGGAAAAAACGGAGGACGGCGAAAAGUCGAAGAAAUACGUACCGCCCAAGAUUCGUGCAAUGCAUUAUGAAGGUUUCAUUUUUUUUUUGUCUUGUAAGAUUAUUAUUUUUUCACUUGAUUAUUAGAUAUUAUCUAGUAACGGAUUAUUUUCAGAUGAAGAAGAACGGCCAAAUAAAAUGAUAGAAAAGGCGAAACGCCGUGCUUUGCAGAGUAGUCUGAUCAGAGAGCUCAAGCAGCAGUACAGCGACGCCCCUGAAGAGAUACGAGUAAAUUUUCUCAACGAUCCUUUUUUCAACCAUUUUUUUGAAGGAAGUCAGUGAUUCGAAGUUUGAAUACGACCGAGCGCGAGAAAAGUAAAGAAAAAACAAUGAGAAAGACUCCCUUCAACUUUUCUUUUAGAUAUGAGGAGCAGAACUUCAAACGUGUAAGGAUGAACAAGGAGCAGAAGAGAAAGAGUGCUAAAUUGGGAAGAGAAGAAACUCUCAACGAUUUGCUUGACUUUGGAAACUAUAUGAUUCGCGCCGAGGAAGGCCGAUCAAAAAGCGGUCUGAAACGGUUUUUAUUUUCAAAUUUCUUAAAACUAAAUCUUCUUUGUCAGAAAACGUGUGGACAGUUCGAACGACGGCGCGAGGAGAAAACUCCACAAGAGGGACAAAAAGAAGAUCAAAGACGCGAAAGUCAAGCAUAAGGUAGUUUCCUGUUUCGAAACUGUUCAAUCCAAUUGAUUUCCAGAAAAAGAUGAUUCGCAAACGUCAAUAA